UCUCUCUCUCUCUCUCCAUUUAUUCUACUAUUUAAUCUCCCCUUACUCAUAAAACAAAAGAAUCUCGAUCCUCGUGCAACCCUAAAUAUCACUCUCUCUCUCUCCUCCUCCCUCUUUUAUUUCAUUCAUUCGUUCAUCUCUUUCUUCAUUCACCCCAUCAAACUUCUACUACUACUUCUAGUCUUUAAGUCUUCUGCUAAUAUCACCUCCUCAAUAUCUGUGUCUCAAAGCAAACUGAACCCUUCCCAUUUACCUUAUAACUUUGACAUUCACUCUCUAUCUUUCUCUUUCUGUGAAAGAAAAAAAACCCACACGUCUCUGAAUAUUUUGCUCUAUUUCCAAAGACAAAGAAAACCCACAACCCAACACAUACAUCUCUUUCCACCAUCAUCAAAACAAAUUGGAACACUCAAAAAACAUGGAUUCUUCUCCUCAGAACUGGCUCCUCGGCUUCUCUCUUUCCAACCACUCUCAUCACCGUCACCCUUCCCAUGAUCUCUCCCUCUUCGAGGCCUUCACCUCCUCCCCCUCUCACACUUCAGCUCAUCAACAACAAGAUCACUCAAACCCUGGCGGUGCAACUCCUCCUUCUCCAACCGACCUCUCAAUCUUCAGCUCCGGCGUUCGCGGCCCCAAGCUCGAGGACUUUCUCGGCGGCUCCACCGCCACACAGACCUCCCUCGCUCACUUCUCUGGUACUACUGCUGCUGCUGAUCACCACCAUAAUCACCAACAAACUGCUCCUCUUGCUUUGUCCGAAAACGAGAUUUACGACUCCGAACUCAAAACCAUAGCCGCUAGUUUCCUCCGCGGUUUCUCCAGCCCCGCCACCGCUGCCGCCACCAGUGUCCAAACAACCAAACCCCAAAACCUGGUCCCUCUCGCCUCAUCCGAACUCACCCCCAAAAAAACCGCCGACACCUUCGGCCAACGCACGUCCAUUUACCGCGGUGUAACAAGGCACAGGUGGACCGGAAGAUAUGAAGCGCAUCUGUGGGAUAACAGUUGCAGAAGAGAAGGACAAAGUAGGAAAGGCAGACAAGUUUAUUUGGGUGGAUAUGAUAAAGAAGAAAAGGCAGCAAGAGCCUACGAUUUGGCAGCUCUCAAAUACUGGGGUCCGACUACAACCACAAACUUUCCGGUUUCUAACUAUGAGAAGGAACUGAAUGAGAUGAAGAACAUGACUAGGCAGGAAUUUGUCGCUUCUCUUCGAAGGAAAAGUAGUGGAUUUUCUAGAGGAGCUUCUAUUUACAGGGGGGUCACAAGGCACCAUCAACAUGGUAGAUGGCAGGCAAGAAUAGGAAGGGUUGCAGGCAACAAAGACCUCUACCUUGGCACUUUCAGCACCCAAGAAGAAGCUGCUGAGGCCUAUGACAUUGCUGCCAUCAAGUUCAGAGGCCUAAACGCCGUGACCAACUUCGACAUGGGCCGCUACGACGUGAAGAGCAUCGCCAACAGCAACCUUCCCAUAGGAGGAAUGUCCGGAAAAUCGAAGAACUCGUCGGACUCCGAUAGCAAGAGCAUCGAAGGUAACCGUUCAGCGGACGAUCGAGAUCUCUCCUCUGCAUCCUCUGUGACCUUUGCAUCUCAGCAGCCUAGUUCCUCCACACUGAGCUUCGCAAUUCCCAUCAAACAAGACCCAUCAACAGAUUACUGGUCCAACAUUUUUGGGUACCACCACAAUGCCAAGAACCCUAGCCCUGUCUCAGUUGCACCAUCAUCCUUGUUCCAAUCUUGUACGACCAAUGUGCCCUAUGGCAACAAUUCCUCACAAAUACCCUUCAACAUGGACUUCUCAGUCUCAGCCACCUCUAGCACUUCUCCCUCUGAAACCAACAACGGGUACUUUGGUAAUUACAAUGCCCAUGGUCAACAACAACAACAACACGACCAAAGUACAAGUGGUACAAAUUCAAUCCCAUUUGCUACACCCAUUGCUUUAAAUAGCAACAGUGGAUUUGAAUCUUCUUCUGGUUAUGGAAGCUGGAUUGGGCCAAGUCUUCACACAUUUCAGACCCAUGCAAAGACCAAUCUCUUUCAGACACCAAUUUUUGGCAUGGAAUAAUUUUAGCAGCUGAGAUCACGAGGAGAUGAAGAUGAGGACCUCUACAAAAAACUAUGAAAAGUGAAGGAAGGACAAAAGGAAGAAGACAAUGUUUGGGGUUUGCAUGCACAUGUGGGGGUCAAAAAAACUUUAGUUGAAUUAGAGAUGAGAUGGACUGACAGGCAUAGGUCAUAAUUUGACACAGGAGAGAGCUCAACUCACACUGUACUAACUCUACUUCUUUUGCUGAGAUUGUGCUUCUUACCUUUUCUUUUUUGUAAUUUUUUUUUCCUUUCUGUUCUUUUAGCUUUUUCUUUUUCUUUCUACUGACAUGAUUCUAUAUAUGGGUAUAAUGAAAAAGAAAUCCUUUUUGUAAUCCUUUGUUCUUGC